GUUUUAUUAAAUUGUCAUUUCUGUCAUUCGUAUUAAGUAUCUCAAAAUUUUUGUUCGUCUAAAAUGUUUGUUAAAACAUUGAGUGCCCUGUACAAAUGUACAUCGCACCUUCGUACCAUCAAGCAUUAUAGUUCCAGCUCCACUGCGAUGAAAGUUACAGUUAUCGGAGGAGCAGGGAAAGUAGCUCAACCGUUAUGCCUUCUAUUGAAGCAAUCUCCCUUAAUAGACGAGCUUUGUAUCCAUGAUAUUGGACACACUGCAGCCUUGGCAGCGGAAUUGAACCACGUCGAUACUAAUUGCAAAGUUGUAGCUUUUUCUGGCACAAGUGAAUAUGGAAAAGCUCUUCAUAAUUCCAAAGUGGUGGUCGUUGUAGCCGGUGCUCCCGACUCAGAUUUUAUGCCUCCAGAAAAGAUGUGGUCAGCCAAUGCUCCAAUCGUGCAAGAUAUCGUCACCAACAUAGCAAAAUAUGCUAGUAAGUCAUUUCUGGCCAUCGCUACAAACCCUAUCAACAGUCUGAUACCAAUGACGUGCGAGAUAUUAAAGAAACGCGGCGCGUAUAACCCCAACGCAGUCUUUGGAGUAACCACUUUGGACACUGUAAGAGCCAAUACUUUCGCCGCUCGGGUAUUGGGCUUGGAACCGGAAUGUGUGUUGGUUCCAGUUAUAGGAGGGAAUACCGAGGACACUAUGGUGCCAGUUUUAUCCAGUACCAAGCCUUCGCCGGAAUAUACCACGGAAGAAAUAGAAAGCAUAACGGCGACCGUCAGAAAAGCCAGGGAAAAUAUGUUAAAAUUGAAACCUCCGGAAAACGGACACUUCGCCAGCGCCUUCGCUUGUGCCCGUUUCGUCAUAUCUCUAGUAAAAGCAAUUAGGGGUUAUCCAGAUAUCAUUGAGUGCGCUUAUGUCCCGUCCAAAGCCCACCCUGACGUCAACUAUUUGUCUACUCCACUUCUAUUAGGUCCUGGUGGCAUUGCAAAGAACCUUGGCGUUCCUAAACUGACAGAAUUCGAAUCGUGUUUGUUGGAUAAUGCAGUCAUGUACCUCAGAAAUGAUAUCCAAAGAGGAGAAAAAUUCGUAGGUGCUUUGCAUACUCCCGAGUGCGAUCCCUGUGACGUUUUGAUUCCGAGGUGUCCCAAAAACUGGUGCGACUUUCAAAAAGAAGAGCGCAAUAAAUGUAAAUAGUGUAAUUAUUUGACUUGUAAUAUAUUUCCUACAAUUUCGAAA